AGCGCCCCCCGCACGUGACGCGGAGCGGGGCUCGGCGGCGGCAGCGAGGGAGGUGUCGGUGUCGGUGUCCCGGUCCCGCAAGCGGUACCAGCACGGGCGUUUGGCAUUUCCAAAGAAAAUUUCCAAACCAGAGGAGUUGUUCUUCUUCCCACGUCCUGAGUUAUCUUCAGCCUGUCAGGGAGAGCUGUGUGUGUGUGGCUGGGGCAGACCUUUUGCUGAUGCAAUGGGAACCAUGCCAUGACGACUGCUACAACGUGGCUGUAGCCAUGACGGAGCCCCACAGGGUUUCGUUCACCACUCUCCAGGGUCCACUGAGCAGCAGCCUCUUGAAAAGAUCUCGGAAGGAUGAUGCAGAGCACCCCCAGGACCCUGAACCAGCUGCAACAGCUGUUAGGAUCACACUCACUCUCUUUGAGCCAGACCACAAACGUUGUCCAGAAUUUUUCUACCCAGAUCUUCUGAAGAGUUCUCGAGGGAAAGUAAAAGGGGGUUCUUCAGGAGACAAGAAGAAAGAUCCCAGUGAUCCCUUUAACGAUGACGAGAAGGAAAGGCAUAAAGUGGAGGCUCUUGCUAGGAAGUUUGAAGAAAAAUAUGGUGGCAAGAGACGUAGGAAAGACAGAAUUCAGGACCUGAUGGACAUGGGGUAUGGGUACGAUGAGUCUGACUCCUUCAUUGACAACUCAGAAGCAUAUGAUGAGCUCGUUCCGGCUUCUCUCACUACGAAGUACGGAGGGUUUUACAUCAACUCAGGAACUCUGCAGUUUCGGCAGGCAUCUGAAUCUGAAGAUGACUAUGUUAAAGAGAAGAAAAAGAAGUGUCCCAAGAAGCGGAAGUUGAAAGAUGGAAGUGAAAAACUGAAGAAGAAGAAAAAGGAUGAUUCUUACGACAAGGAAAAGAAAUCCAAAAAGUCCAAGUUUCCAAAAACUGGCUUUACAGCAUUAAAUGCAAGUAAGGAGAAGAAGAAGAAGAAAUACUCUGGCACUCUCAGUGUUAAGGAGAUGCUGAAGAAGUUUCAGAAGGAGAAGGAUGCUCAGAAGAAAAAAGAUGAAGAGCAGAAAGUGGCAACUCCUUCUCCAGCAGAACCUGCAGCCCCAAGGGAGACAGAGGCCAUGCCUGACCCUUUGCUGUCACUCUUUGGCCACACCAGUGAUACUGACCUGCUGCAGGCAGCCACAGCCAUGGACUCCUUAACUGACCUAGACCUGGAGAGGCUGCUCAGUGAAUCCCCAGAUGGGAGCCCCUUUCCUGAGGUGGAGGAUGGGAGUGAUCCUGUUGGGGUGGGCACUGAGCAGGAUUUCAAGCACCCACCAUCCCUCCCAGAAGGGCUGCCAGCCCCUUUGGAGAAACGCAUCAAAGAACUGGCUCAGGCUGCCAGAGCUGCAGAGGGAGAAGGCAAACAGAGAUUCUUCACUCAGGAUAUCAACAACAUCAUAUUGGACAUCGAGCUGCAGAGCCGGGAGCUGAACAGCCAGGUCCGCUCAGGGGUUUAUGCCCACCUGGCUGCUUUCUUCCCCUGCAGUAAGGACACUCUGGUCAAACGAGCCCGGAAACUUUAUCUCUAUGAGCAGGGUGGCCGAUUGAGGGAACCUCUGCAGAAGCUAAAGGAAGCCAUUGGAAGGGCCAUGCCAGAGCAGAUGGCCAAGUACCAGGAGGAAUGUCAAGCUCACACUCAGGCCAAGUUUUCCAAGAUGCUAGAAGAGGAAAAGGACAAAGACCAACGAGAUCGAGUUUGUUCUGAUGAGGAGGAGGAUGAAGAAAAGGGAGGGAAGCGUGGCACAGGACCACGAAAGAAAUUUCAGUGGAAUGAUGAAAUCAGGGAGCUGCUCUGCCACUUGGUGAAGAUUAAGUUGGAUGGUUAUGACCUUGACAAGAAUAAGGCUCAGUCUCUAGAGGACUAUGUGAAGACCUUCCUAGAUGGAGAGGUGAAGCCCCUUUGGCCAAAAGGCUGGAUGCAGGCGAGGACACUGUUUAAGGAGAGCAGGCGUGUACAUGGACACCUCACCUCAGUCCUGGCGAAGAAGAAAGUGAUUGCUCCUACUAAGGUGAAAAUGAAGGAAUCUUCCUGUAAGCCAGAGAAAAAGACAUCCAUUUCCGUUCCUUCAAUGCACUCAAGCAGCACCUUAGCUCUGUCAUCAGAGCCCCAGGGAGGGGCUCUGGGCAUCAGUGCCCAAACUAGAGAACUCUUGUCACAUGGGACAGCCCAAGCAGCCAGCAGCACUGGCACUCCUGCUACCUUCAUGGAUGACUCCUUGGAUGAGGACUUAAUUCAUAAUCCCACCUCCUCCCUGGAAGCAGUCUCUAAGGAACUGGCUGUGCUGAACAGCAGAGCAGGAGGGAGCCCUGACUUUACUCUUCCUGGAGCUCCAAAGCCUCCACAAGAGAAAAUCUCAACUCUCGCAUCCUCAGAGGAGAAAAGGACAUUAUUAAAGUCCAACCCUUCCCCUGCAUCAUCCUCUGCUUCCCUCCAGUCUCCUCUGAACUUCCUGGCUGAGCAAGCCCUGGCACUGGGCCAAUCUUCUCAAGAGAAAAAGACAGAGAACUCUAAUUACAAAGAGAUCUGCCAAGCUUCCCCCAGCAAAAUCCUUCCUGAUUCACACCAGGCUAAACAGAAACACCACGGCCUGGUCCGGCCAAGCCAUGGUCCUCAGGCCUCCACCUCAGUGCCAGGUUCCCAGGUGAAGGUCUUUCACUCAGGCAGCCAGCUCCAGAAAACUUUUACCUCCCCAGCUCCGUUUGUCAAACUGCAGAAUCCCAAAUCCUCCUCCCCACUGCCCCAACGUUCCCUUCUCCAGCAGGUCAAGUCAUCAACCAAAGCUCAGAGCUUCCAUUCCUCUGUAUCUUCAGGCAGCACCCAAAACUCCAGCAGCUCCCACAAGAACCCAGGCUCAUCCUCAUCAUCUCUCAGCUACACAGGCAAACACUCAAGUGGCUCUAGCUCUUCAGGACAAUCUUACAAAACAUCUUUUGUUUCUGGUUCCCUCUCCAAGCAUGGGGCUUCUGCCAUCAGCUCCUCAUCUGGAACUUCUGCAAACCAGGGCAGCUCCUCUGGGAACUUGUUGCCCAAUGUGCACACCCCUUCCUCAGGACAGGCAUCUGGCCGCCCGUCCUCGAGCUCCUCGGUGAAGAAGACUCCUGUUUCCCAGAAGCUGACUCUGGUGGCACCUCCUGGAGGUUCAAAUGGAGAUUCUAGUGGGGGCACACAAGGAGUGGCCAAAUUGCUGACCUCCUCCCUAAAACCAGCUGUUGUUAGCAGCACUGCAUCUUCUACCUCUGUGCCGAAAGGAACUAGUGGAGCAGUGCUGCUAACGAGUUCUUCCUCCCUAAGUGUUCUGGCUCCAUCCUACAAGUCCAACAAUCCAAAGCUGCCAGCUGCCCUCAGCUCCACCCCGUUAAGUAUUAUCUCUCCAAUUCAUUCCUUCCCUCUUCAUGUCAUCUCCUUCAGUCCAGACUCCUCCCCAAAAGCAGGAGUAUCAAAGGAUGCAAUAGUUACAGGACCUGCUCCAGGAACUUUCCACCACGGCCUUAGCCACAGUCUUCUAGCUGGCUUGCACUCCAGCCCCCACCAUGCUGCGCCACUCCCACAUUCUGCCCUGUCCACUCAUUUACCGCAGAGUUUGCCAGAUGCUUCUCAGCUUCAUGGCAAAGGGUCCAAUGCACAGCAGCGCAAGUUGUGACAUCUGCAAGGAGGGGAGCUAGAGCACACAGAGGAGAAACCCAAGAGGAACAGGUCAUGAACUUUGGAUACCAGCUGUGUCUUUUCUUUGCCUUUUUGGUUUUUUUAUUUUUUUUUAUUAUUUUCCUCACAACAACUGGAGACACUGAACUGCAACAAGGAGCUCAUUGGGGUGUUUGCUCAGAGGCUUUCGGAGCUAGGCCCUGCACAGAGGGUCACCUUGAGCCAUGCCCUAAUGAGAGAAGCAUUUUGUAGCACUGUUUUAUCACUGCUGCCACUCUUCAUGCAUUCCCUGGCACUGGCAGGAGCUAGAACCUGCAGGGAGACUCGGGUGGUUUGGCUUUUCUGGCUUUUCCCACCCACCUCUGUCUAUCUACCGAGUACCUCCAAGUCCAGUUACUUCUUUGGUCUCCCAGUGGAAGGUAUGAAAGGUGCUUCUUUCUUCUGCUUUGGAUUUACUUGGGUUAUUCUAGCACUGCCAGUGCUUUCUGAAGACUUAACUUUGCAAGUGUACUCUAAACCUGUGCUACAGUUAAUAUGAGGAUUUAACAUUUCCUGUGUGGUCAAUUUGACAAACCACCUGAUGUUCCCCUCUGGAGGAGAAGGAAGACUCUUUAGAGACACAUUUUUAGAUGCAGUCAUUGACUUUGAGAAUUCUGCAUCUUUUUGGGUUUUGGAUUUUAUUUUUUCCUCCUGCUCAGUUUUAUCUUCAUUACCAUCGAAUGCAUUGGAUUGAAUGGGACACUUCUCAGCAUGUCACAUGUAUAGGAAGACAUAAUUCCAGUGCCUUUUAUGGUGGAGCAAGAAUUGGACUAGUGACACACAUUUCAGCCCUAUUUUGUGUGCUCCUCAACCCUUUUUUAAUCAUUCUGUAUUUAAAAUGUAUUCUGGUUUAUUUAAUAGAGCUUUUUAUGGUUGCACAUCAAAAAAAAAAAACAAAACAAAACAAAACAAAAAGCUGCACUGUCUGGACUUCAGUGGUGUCUUGAUGACUGCAAAUACAGUACCAAAUCCAGCAAGAGCACCAGUUCUUAUCUUAGUUUGUGCAGGUGGGUUCCAAGCCCUCCCCUAAAGCCAUUCUUUCCUAGGUUCCUCAGUUGUCAUCUCCUUGGUGGGCAGAGGGAAUGAACAAAAUUUAACCAAGGUCACUACUAAUCAAAUGAAUUCCAGAGAAUAAUAUUGCUCUCCUGAGUUAUUUCUGCACUAGGAUCAUGUGCUUGUCACCACUGCAGGAAUGGGGACCAUCAAGAACUUGGGGGUGUCUUUUGCUUUUUCUUUGUUUUUUUUUUUACUCUUUAGCCCUAAACACUUCUUCUGAGCAUGCCCUUUCAGUCUCUGCAUUGCUGAGGGCAGGCUGAGGUUCCAGCUAAGCUUUGUGAAGGGUUGAUUAUUCUUCUCCUCCCCCAGUUUGCCUUUCCUCAGGCCCCCACAACCACAUCUGAAUCAUGCAGUAGUAGCGCUGAUCCACAUGGACUUUCCUGAUAUUUCAAGAAAAACCUUGCAGCUUUCCUUCCUGAGCUUCAGAGAGGGAUGCUGACAUGGAGUAUACCAGCAAAUACCUGCUUUAGUUUUUCCCCAUUUUUGGUAAGAUCUGAGAUAAGCUUGUUUCAGUUGGAGCUGAUUUAUAAUUUCCCCAAGAUCAAUGUGUUGUUUCUAUUUUUAUUUUAGUUUGGCUUUAUUUUUGGUUUGUGGGGGUUUUUUUGUUGUUUUUUUUUUUUUUAAACGCAGCUCAGAUUUGAAAUUUGUUUACAGCAAAUACCUAGGUUGUAUCAAAAAGAGCCAAAGACAGAACUUAUGUCAUUAGAACUAAGCACAGCAGUGGUCGAUGGACUCUGAGCAGUGGAUGUCGCGUGGUUCCCAUUGAAGGUCUCAUCCUGAGAGGUACUUUGCACCUUCAGUUUCCCCCCCAGGAGCUGUAAGAGCAUUUCCAACACCUGGCAGGACAGGGACUCUCGGUGAGUGACUUGAGGUACCAAUUCUAUGCCCUUGCUUUGCUUUCACCAGAGUGCUUCUGCUGAGAAGCCCCCCAUGCCUGGCUGGAGCUGAAAGCCCUCCUAGGAAUUUAGCGAAGCUUCUUGCCUCAGGGAAAUGUUUAAUUGGUGGAAAUUCUGUGGGAUUUUUUGUUGUUGUUGUUCCUUUACACACUAUAAUGAAUGAGUGAAUGGAGGAGAGUCACAGCAAGGCAGGGCCAGGCAGGGAGCAGGCAGCUGAUGGGGAAGCAGGAAUCUGGUCUCUGUUGUGACUUGUGGUGCUGUUGUGACAGCAUGGGGAGGCAAGGCUCCUGUGGCACUUAGGUAGUGUGACAGUUCCUUUUGGGUGUAAGCUGAGGUUUACUAUUCUGUUUUUUGUGUGUGUGUUGGGACUUUCUUGCUGAAGAUAAUGGGGGAUGGUAUGAAAACUAUUAAUCUUGUACAGAACGACUGAAUAAAUUUGUUUGAAAGUUUCCAAAAUAUUCUUUUUUUUUUUCCCCUCCAUCUCCUUACCUCUAGUUUCAUGACUUUGUUUCCAAGAAUUUGUCUUACAGCUUAGGUGAUUACCUCUUGAUCAUUUAGUUUCUUAGCCACUGCAGUGGCAGAAUUGCAUCUCCUUGUUGAUUGUGCACCUGCUGAUGCUUCAGGUUGACAUCUGCUGGGAAGAACAUGGGGUUCAGACCCUGGAG